UGUUAGACUUUUUUGCUACGUUUGUGCGCCAUGCCUGAGCCAGCCAAGUCCGCUCCCGCCCCGAAGAAGGGCUCCAAGAAGGCGGUGACCAAGGCGCAGAAGAAGGACGGCAAGAAGCGCAAGCGCAGCCGCAAGGAGAGCUACUCGGUGUACGUGUACAAGGUGCUGAAGCAGGUGCACCCGGACACCGGCAUCUCGUCCAAGGCCAUGGGCAUCAUGAACUCGUUCGUCAACGACAUCUUCGAGCGCAUCGCGGGCGAGGCGUCGCGCCUGGCGCAUUACAACAAGCGCUCGACCAUCACGUCCCGGGAGAUCCAGACGGCCGUGCGCCUGCUGCUGCCCGGGGAGCUGGCCAAGCACGCCGUGUCCGAGGGCACCAAGGCCGUCACCAAGUACACCAGCUCCAAGUAGACUCGCCAAGUAAGCGCCCUCUUACCCAACCCCAAAGGCUCUUUUCAGAGCCGCUCAACCUUUCACAUAAAGAGCUUUAAUCCUGGAGUGUUGGUAGUGUUAGGCAAGAGCCAUGUGGCAGUUGAACUGCUUUUCUCGGUCUUUACUUUCCCAUUCUAGUUUUCUCAGUAGCUUGUGUUCAUGAAACGGUAUUAAGCAAGGCCUGAGCAGAAAAACUUGUUCCGAAAGCAAGGCAGUGCUUGGCUGCUUAACUAUUGAGAGUUUCAGAAAAUGAAACUAACUUGGCAGAUUUUUCGUCAGGGCUUGUACUGAGAAGUCUUGGGCUGUCCGGACGAGCCUGGACGAGUUCUACAUAUUGGCAUCCUUUAUAGGCAAGCCUGUGUAGAAAGCACAAUGUGCUUGGUGAGUCUGAGUCAUUGUUCAGUGGGAAACAAUAGAAUGCUAUAUACCCGAUGGCGUGAGAAACUAAUUUCCUAGUAAAUGGAAGGGUUUGGGAGGGAAACCACUGAACUUAGAGGAUAGAUGUCUAUUGAAGAAUAACCCCAGACUUUAGUUGUUAUUCUGCAAGUAAUUGAGGCAUUCCGUGCUUCUUUGGAAAAGUAAACAGGAUUUGUAAGAGGAAGGAGAAGGUAAAGAAGCGGCAGAGAACAACCUGGAAACACCGCCUCUUGUUUUGCAGUGAUGUCUGCCAGCCAGCACAGGAGCCAGGCCUGGGCCGUCUUCCCUUAAGAGGCUUGAUAGGAAUCCUCAACAGAAAACACUGUCGCCUAUCCAUUUACAAAAUACCCUGAGACUCAUGUCAUCAAGAGCCCUUCAGUUACUGUCCUCACUUUUGGUAAGCCCACCCUCCCAGGCAUUUCUCUGUUGGAUCAGGGAGUGUGGAACAGAGAGGGUGGUGGUUAGUGCACGGGGUUCUAGGAUCACAGAUCGGAGUGUGCCUAACUUUCUUCCCUAAAUGACGUGUUGAGGGGAAGGACUAGGACUCUGAGUUUAUUUGUGUAUUUGUUGAGAGCCUCAGAAGGUGAGCUUCAGAGAGUGACAGGUACUUGGGGAAGAGCUCAGUGAGCAGGAUAGAAAUAAUCUUUGACCUCACAGGGCUCUGAGUCUAAAAUGGACAUUUCAAUAGGAGUCUCACAGACUAACAGAAAGGGCAAACCUCUGUCUGAAGGUCACUUUAGCAUUGCCAAAAGUUGAAUGGAUUUAAUCUUGAGUAGGACAAUGACAAGGGAAGAGGAUGUGGCUACAGGGAGAGAAGAAUCGAUGUGCAGAAAAAAAAAAACACGCAGACUUUGCAUUUAUGGACUAGAGUUAACAACAGGGGCUAUAUAUUUAUUUAUGCUUUUCAUCAGGCCAUGUCUCAUUUUGGGUUCACGGGGAUUGUGUAGAAGUUCGGUGCCUAACUAAAAUGUAGGAUCUUACUGAAAUGCAGAAAGGAACGCUAUCAUAGAUCUUGUCCAUUAAUCUUCUUAAUGGACACCCUUGGGAGCGACAGACAACCUAAAAUAGUCACUGGUUAAAGUAGAUGAAAGACGGUUUCUCUCUCAUGAACAGGUGUAUAAAUGUAAGCUCGGGCCUGGCAUGGGGUCUCCCUAAGGAGCUCAUCUCCCUUUGUGUAAUGUGCAUUGGCUCUGUCAUUGGAGAAUAUUCUCAAAUAUAUUCUGCUCUUGAAUUCUGCUAUGGAGGACCAACCCAAGACCAACUAACUGGACGGCCGCAACUCAUAAGAAAUGUUAAGUGGGUAAUUCCUAAGUGAGAAACUUACGAGAAGUGUUAUGUGGGUAAGCAAGAAAUUGUAUGAGAUGGAGACAAAAUUCAAAAGCUGUAUUGACUAAAAAUCAUAAAUUUGUUGCCUGUCAGACAUGGUGCACAUAGAGAAAGUAAGCAGAGCUCGUGUGCUACACGGAGGUGGGAAGAGAUGAAAGAGAGUGAGAAAUGCCAGAAUUUGCGCCACACCAAAUAUUUAUGAGGUACUCAGUAUUCAGUCUUACAUUGACCACCCCUUGGUGACUUCCACUUUAGGCCCAUUUGCCUUCUGCAGACAAACACCCUCGUCAAGGGCAUGGCUGCUUGGGAUGUCACGGGCAGCCAAUACGGGAGGCUGUGUGUGCCCAGAAAUGGCCUGCCCGGUAGUAUAAUUGAAGACAUGAAUGGGGGGUUGGGGGGGUGCCUGGGUGGCUCAGUUGGUUGGGCGUCCAACUUCAGCUCAGGUCAUGAUCUCACCGUUCAUGAGUUCGAGCCCCACAUCAGACUCUGUGCUGGCAGCUCAGAGCCUGGAGCGUGCCUUGAGUUCUGUGUCUCCCUCUUUCUCUUCCUCUCCCCCGCUGGCUCUCUCUCUCUUUCUCUCUCUCUCUCUCUCUGUCUCAAAAAUAAAUGGACAGAGGGAGACUGAUGAGCUCCUACCUCUUCACGGGGACACUGGAGCUUCCUGGUACAACACAACUGAAUUGUAAGUAUUGGCAAUAAUUGCUUCGGCUGCGAAGAAAAUAAAAUGGUACCAGUCUAGUUAGAAUCAAAUUUCCCCGUUGAGAUGAACAGUGAUCACCGCCACUGGGAAGCCAGGGCGAGCGGUGUGCGAUCAGCACAGGCUUGGGAGAUCAGCAAAACACCUGGGAAGGUAGAGGGAGGCCAACAAGGUCAGACUCAAAGCCCGUGAACAAGGUGAGGCUGAGUUUGGAGUCCAGUGACAGCCCAGUAUUUCCAUGUACAUUCUGAGGGCCACCAUCCGGUAUACAAGUUCCAGCCUUACCUGCCUCGGGCCUGACUUCUGCACUUUUUACCUUGAUGGGUUUUCUCAACUCAUUCCAAAGAUAUCACCAUCAGGGUAACAUUCGUUAUGCACCGAACCCCCAGAAGAUUCAGUCCUCUACUGUUGUUCUAAAAAGCUCUGUUCUCUCAUUUGGAACCUCAAAUCUCUUACUUUUGAUUUUAAGUACACUAUCACACAAUUAAGACCCUUUCCUGAAUCAGGCUGGCAGUCCUCCAUGAGCUUAACACUCGUCUAUACCCGCCCUUGCCUCUUGGUUCACCUUCCUCACUGUGCGCUCGGGAACCUGCAGUGAUACUUUCUCAAAAAAUAUUAAAAACACGUGAAUCAAUGCUGAGUUUCCCUGGGAACCCCAGCUUGAGAACACAGAGGACCCUGUCCUCUGGCUGCUUAUCAGACCGUGACCCUGAAUAUGCUCCCAGCUUAGGACCUGUUCAGUCAUCAUUGUCCCCUUCUCUGUGGAAUGAUCUUCUCACAGAUGCGUGCAGAACCACCUCCCUCCCAGGCUUCCUGCCUCUGCCUCGGUGGCACGUUAGUGGGGGAGUCCUCCCCACCCACCCUCUUUAAGACUACAACCCUCCACCACCCAUCCCUGGCAGUCCUUAAUCUUCUUGGCCUGUUUCUUCCACCCCUGAAUCUCUUUACCCACCAAAAUACUGUGUUUGUUUAUUUUUGUUUAUUUCCUGUCUCCCACAACGACAAGGACAAUGUCCGUGAGCCCCACCCCAAGGGAACCUUACCCAUGUUACUCACUGCUCUAUUUCCGGCACCUCCAAUGACGUGGGGCGCGUUGUAAGCGCUCAAAAAGUUUUUGAUGGGUGUUCAGAUAAAGCAAAAUAAAAAUAUGCAUGUAACACACAAUGGCCAUCCAUUGUCUAGCACCGGAGAUAAAACCCAUGGCUGAAUUAUCAAAAUGAGCACCUCUGUGAAGUAGCUUACCUCGCUAUGCUUCAAUUUCUUUGUCGUUGUAUUUGGGCUAAUAAUGGCCCCUCACCCAUAGAGUUAUUGUAUGGAUUAAAUAAAAUGAUCUAUGCAGGCACCAAAUUA